UAAACUGCUGCUAUAAAAACCAAAAAUUUCAUCUAAACUGCUGACAGUUAGUGUGUGAGAUAUUCAGCGAAAUCAAUCGGAAAACGAAAGUGCAAUUACUCUUGUUAAACAUGUCUCAAAUGCUGAAGGCAUUAUUGCUGGAAAAGCAGUUGGAAAAUAAUAAAAUGUUAAAUAUUUUCUAUCGAAUAUCCUUCAUGACUGGUGUCAAUGUUAAGUACCAGGCCACGUUCAAGGAUCCAGUAAAACUAUGGAAUGGGUUCCUGAUAAUUGUCUCUUUGAUUGGCCUCAGUGCCCAAUACUGUUUGGUUUGGAACAAUCGUUCGGAGCCGUUUGCGGAGUCCGCCGAUGCAAUUUGCACUGCCAACCAGGCUUGGAUUUCGAUACUGAAAUUGAUUUAUUUACUAUUUGUUCAACAUGAAUUUUAUGAUCUUUUGCAUACAGCCAUUAAUGGGUCUCUACUCCAUGAUUUGGGAAUAUUCGAUUUGGCUAUCAAUUCUAAGCAAUAUCUGCUUAAGGAAAUCAAAACCAUUCUCAAUGACUCCUGGCUUCACAUCAAACAUCAGUUGAAUUUCUUCACAUUCUCCUGCAUGAUGGCCUGCGGGUUUUAUAUGUUUUCAUGCAUAUUUGCCAAUUAUUAUUUUACCCACAUUCAGCCGCAAAAUUUUACUUUGCAAUUGCCCAUGCCUGCGUUAUUUCCCAUGUGGCAUGAUUACGGCAUGACUUGGCCUUACUAUCCCAUACAGUAUUUCAUAACGGGCGUUGAAAACUCCAUUUGCGGAAUGUGUGCUGUUUGUUUCGAUGGUAUCUUCAUUGUGAUUGUAGUCCAUUGUUCGGCACUUUUGGAGAUAUUGCAUAAACUUUUGGAGCAUGUAUGCGAUGAGGAAAUUCCCCAAAGCGAAAGGGUAAAGUAUCUGCUAUGCUGUGCUAGAUUGCACGAACGCACUUUCAGAUAUUAUGAAAAAAUCAAUGGGAUGUAUCGUACACCGAGCUUGGCACAAUGCGUGCUCAGCAUGUUGGUCUUAUGCGUGGUAAUGUUUAUGGCCAACGUAGGUCUAGAGGAGGAUAUAACACUGUUUGUCAAAAUGCUAUGUUUUCUAUGUGCUGCUGGCUUACAAAUCGGAAUUUAUUGUUAUAAUGGACAAAAGAUUAUAACGCAGAGCGAAAUAUCACCUGUAGCUUGGUACAGCAGUACUUGGUACAACGAAUCGGAGCAAUUUAAAUAUAUCGUUAAUAUGAUGGUUUUGCGGACCAAUCGUACCUUAUACAUGCAGGUAUCUGGCUUUACUACAAUGUCUCUUAUGACUUUGGCAUCGCCACGUCUUUAUAAAAUGCUUCAAUUGGUACAAGACACGGAUGUCAUGAAGGAUUUGGAAAUAUUUCAAUUGAAUUUGGUUAACCCAUCACAUAUAAUCAAAGAUAUACAAAACAUUCUCAAUGCCUCCUGGGAUGAUAUUAAAUUACAAUUAAAGAUUUUUAUUGGUUGCGUUGCAUGCAUAAGCGGUUGGUAUCAUGGCAAAUGUGUGGCUAUGAAUAUCUACAAUUUUCAUUUUCAUCGACAGGAGUUUGAGUUGCAAUAUCCUUUUCCAGUCUCUUUUCCUUUGUGGCAUGGCGAGAAAACGAUUGUAGUCAAAGUGGCAGAAUACAUGAUUUCGAGCUCAGAAGUUUAUUUAACUUCAGUCUGUGCCACAGCUUUCACCGGCCUCUUCUCCAUACUAUCGAUGCAUUGUCUUACUCUUUUGAAAAUUUUACGCCUGUUGAUAAGCUACAGCACCAGCUUCCAUGUAAUGCGCAGCCAACGCGUUAAAUAUUUGCAGACUUGCAUUAAGCUGCAUCAGCGAAUUUUGGAAUUUUGCCAUGAACUUAAUUCUCUGUACCGUUUGCAGUCAUUAGCGAUGUUCUUGAUUUCCUGUUUGGUGUUAUGUCUUUUGAUUUUCCAUGCCAGUGUGGAUGGGCGAAACGAUGCCACCAUUUUCAUUAAGGUACUGCUCUAUAGUACCGGCAUAUUUUUUGAAGUUGGCAUAUUUUGUUUUAAUGGCCAGCGCAUAACAUCAGAGAAUGAGCGUAUACCCAUAGAAGUGUAUAAGCUUGACUGGUUUAACGAGGACAAGGAAUUCAAAUUUUUGUCACAAAUGAUAAUAAUGAGAUCGAAUCAACAAAUUGCAAUGGACGUUGGAGGAUUCACAACAAUGUCGCUUGUGACAUUUUUAAUGAUAUUUCGAUCUAGUUUCUCGUAUUUCCUUUUCUUGCGGGAAUUUAUGUAGAAAAUUGUUGCUAGUAAAAC